GCUCCCGGCGGCGGAAGUGGCUCCCUCGCAGGGACAGGAGUGUUUGUGUUUUGGUUCGCGAAGGAUCCCGGGGCUGGCCUGAGGGGAGGAGGCAGUGGAGGAGGCGGAGGAAGAAUUAGUGGGAGCUCUAGCGCCGGCGGCGGCGGCGGCAGAGGAGGAGAAAGAAAAAAGGAAGGCGGAGCGGAGAGAGGCGGAGACCCAGCCCGACGGGGGCGGCACCACGGAACUAGCCCCACACCGUCCAGUCUGAGGGGAGCGGCGCGAGGAGGAGACGCCCCGCCGCCAAAGCUACAGCCUUUUCUCGGACUAGGCCUGGGACCUGCUGCCCGGAACCUUCAGCCCUGCGGCUCUGCGUGCUGCGGUCUAAGGUUUCUUUGCCUCUAGAAAGAAAAAUUGACACCUUGCAUCCUGGAAGUUCAUUUCAGAGACUGAAAUUAGGGACUUCUUUAAAAAUUGGACAUGGCUAAUCGAGGAGCAACAAGACCCAACGGGCCAAAUACUGGAAAUAAAAUAUGCCAGUUCAAACUAGUACUUCUGGGAGAGUCUGCUGUUGGCAAAUCAAGCCUAGUGCUUCGUUUUGUGAAAGGCCAAUUUCAUGAAUUUCAAGAGAGUACCAUUGGGGCUGCUUUUCUAACCCAAACUGUGUGUCUUGAUGACACAACAGUAAAGUUUGAAAUAUGGGAUACAGCUGGUCAAGAGCGGUACCAUAGCCUAGCACCAAUGUACUACAGAGGAGCACAAGCAGCCAUAGUUGUAUAUGAUAUCACAAAUGAGGAAUCCUUUGCCAGAGCCAAAAAUUGGGUUAAAGAACUUCAGAGGCAAGCCAGUCCUAACAUUGUAAUAGCUUUAUCUGGAAACAAGGCUGACCUUGCAAAUAAAAGAGCUGUUGAUUUCCAGGAAGCACAGUCUUAUGCAGAUGACAACAGUUUAUUAUUCAUGGAGACAUCAGCUAAAACAUCAAUGAAUGUAAAUGAAAUAUUCAUGGCAAUAGCUAAGAAGUUGCCAAAGAAUGAACCACAGAAUCCAGGAGCAAAUUCUGCCCGGGGAAGAGGAGUAGACCUUACUGAACCCACGCAGCCAACCAGGAGUCAGUGUUGUAGUAACUAAACCUCCAGUUUGAACCAGCUGGAAUAUUCUUCUGCUUCUUAAAUAUUAACGGUGGAAUUGGAGCAUUUAACAAGCUCAGUAUGACUUCCAAAAGAAGAGACUUAUAAUAGAGUCAAGUUUCUAAUACAGAAUUAUUUUAAGUGUUUUGAACUUAAUUUUUAAUAACAUGCAUGUGACCCUCUGACUAAUGUUUUAGCAGCAGAAGGGGGAAAUGAGAGCUGUGUGUACACUUGUUUCCUUGGAAGGUUAGGGGUAAUCAUUUCUCAUCACCGGGGAUAUAUAUAGACAAACGACUAUCUGAACCUACAGUUACCCAGCCAGACCUAUGAAAAAGAUUUUAAAUUUAAUUUGAGCUUUUCAGAAACAUUCUUUUUUAGAAGAAGGUUCUAAAGAUAUUUAUGCUUAGCUAUGGUAUACAGGCAACUGGUAAUUUCUCAUAGUAUCCGUAUUUAAAGUGUACAUUCCACAUUUUAGAAAAUUAGCCACAAGAAAACAAUUCCACAUCUUCAGGACAGGGUAAGAAAUGAGCAUUAGUGGCAUUGAAAUUGUAGACAGUCCUGUUAUUUUAAGUGGGGUGUAAAAAAAUCAAAUGUUAACCCCAUCUUGUUUUAGGAAUAUGAAAACUGAUAAAUGCAUUUUAAUGGGUAGUGUUUCCUUCAAACAUGUGAGCUCUUCAACAAAAGUGGAACAAACCAGGUGUCUGUAAUUUCUGUUUAAUCACUGCGGGCCAUUAUAUAGGUUUAGUUGUUUGGGGCAUGGAAGGGGCUUCUGUUCCCUUUGGACAUGAUAUAGUCAAUGCACUAACAAUUAUGUACAUUCAAACUUGAUUAUUUUAAAUUCAAGCUGUACUGUAAAUAGGGUACUGCAUUGUAGUCUCCAUCUGUUUACUGCUUUUCUGUAAUAUUUAAGAAUUGCUUAAAAGUAUACAAAAUGUACAGUUACUAAAACAGCUAAUUUUUCCCUUCUCACCCCCUUUCAGUGGAAGGGGCUUCAGUUCCUACAUGGCUAGAGCCAUGAUAAACAAUGUACCAGUAAUUUGUAGCAUAAGUAUUGCAAUAUGUUAGUAACAAUCUUGCAGCCUUGUUUUCCAAAGUUCAUUUUAUCUGGAUCAGUUUGGUAUAUUGCACUAAUUGUUUUUGGUAUUUUCAUUAUAUGAAAUCUACCAUGUGUCAGAGAUGAUUUAAUCUAUUUAAGUGUUGAACUGCUAGCAGAACUUGUAUAUUUACAGUAAUUCAGAAUUAGUAAGGAAAACGGUUCGCCAGUGUUUAGUUUUAUAUUGAGGUGCCUAGGUUGGAAUAAAGUGGUAUAAAAAGCAA